GCGCAUCCUUGCGGGCUCGUGCCCCCCUCGCGACACCGCGAACCCCUGGUCCGGCGAGCCUCCGUUCGGUCGCACUGCACCUUCUGUCACUGCUCUCGGAGCCAGGCAGCCGCAUCUCUCGUUCACGAUGGACGCGCAGUACAAGAGCCCCGAGGAUUCCACCACGGGCGCCGCGGGGGCCGACACGAGCACCACCGCGGCCGGCGGCACCAAGCGUCACAAGAAGCACAAGUCGCGCGACGGGAAGCGUCAGCGCCGGCAGUCCGCCGAGGAGGGGCAGAAGAGUCCCGACUCGGCUAUGUCCAACACGGAGAUGAGCGCCAAGGGCCGCAAGCGGUCGAAGAAGAGAGGCGAGCAGCGCGACGACGGUGGCGCCACAGAUGCGCAGAAAAGUCCGGAGGGGGUCGCUGCUUCACUCGACGCUGAGAAGGAGCCGCCGGCCGAGCUCACGCCGGUGCUGCCCCCUGCCUCUUCCACCGACCAGAUGCCAGUGCGCCUGGCUCCGCAGCAGGCUCCUGUGCUGGACCAACCUCCUCCGACUCGGGUUGAGCCCCCGGCUCAGAAAGAUGGCGCUGGCGCCCCUCCUGUGCCGGCCACCGAAGAGAGAAAACCUGACGACGUCUUCCUGGUGUCCGCGGUGGCCUGCGUCGUAAUCAUCGCGGGCCUCGUCCUGGCGCUGGUGGGCAUCAUCCUCGGAAUGUCCGUGCCGGCCGCCGGACACGGCUGCCCGCCGCUCGACAAGCCGCUCGCGGAGGGCAAGGUCAUGGCGGUGACCAAGAGCGGCCGGCUGGUCGGCAGCGAGGUGACCGUGGACGGCGUGGCUCUGUGGCGCUUCCUGGGCAUCCCGUUCGCCCAGACCACGGCGGGCGAUCGCCGAUUCACGGCGCCGAUGCCGCUGGCCGAGCCCGCGGACAAGUGCGCGGUGCGGGAGUUCCUCGAGCCGCGGCCACCGUGCGCCCAGUGGGUCAACGGCAGCGUGGUCGGCUCUGAGGACUGCCUGCGCGUGAACGUGUGGACGUCCGCGGUCACGCUGGAAGACGGCGCCCACGGCGGAGGCCGGGCCCUGGUGGUCGCCGUCUCCGGAAGGUGGUUCGAGACGGGCUCCAACGACGACCCCGACUGGCCGAAGCUGGCCGCCAAAGGACACGUGGUGGUGGUGGCGCCCAACCACCGGCAAGGCGUGCUAGGCUUUCUACACCUGUCGUCCGUGGUCGGCGUCGUUGAUGACGUCGCCGUUGAUGACGUCGUGAGCGCAGUGCAGUGGGCGCUGAACCACGCGGAAGGCUUCGGCGCCGACCCGAAGCAGCUGGUGCUGGUCGGCCACGGAUCGGGCGCCUACGUGCUCUCCGCGGCCGCGCGCAAGCUGAGCAGGGACGUGGCGCGCCGAGCCUUUUACCAGGGCAUCGUCUACGGGUCCCUGCUGCCCUUCGAUUCGGCGACGCCGUACCUGCACCUGGCGUCGGCGAUGAACUGCAGCGGCGCGGACAAGUCGGCGUGGGUCUCGUGCUUCCGCGCCGCGCCCGUCGACGCGCUGUUGCAGGCCGCGCAAGCCACGUCCCGCAGGCCGCUGCAGUUCGCGCCGGGCUUCAACUUGUCGUCACUGCGGGCUGCGCCCGUCGCCACGCCGCACACCGUCGUAGCCGGGGCGGACGCGGCCGACGACAAGGCCCUCUUCAAGGAGCGCAUCUUGCCGCUCGCACAGCGUGACGGCAAUGCCUCGACAACGGAGGCUCUGGUGGACUACAUGUUCAACGUCUUCAACUUGCCCGUGCUCGCGAAGCUCGUCAUCAAGAGCCGUUUCAGCGUGCACUCGGUGGACGAGAUCGCCGAAGGCUUCUCGACGUGGGUCUCCACGUGCGCCACGCUGAAGGCGGCCAAGGCGGCGGCCGAGGGCUACCACUACCGGCUGGACACGGCCGUGGCCAGCGGGCUCCUGCGUCCCCCGCUGGGCAUCGGCCAGGUGGCGCAGUUCGCAGCACAAGGCACGGUGCCACCGUUGGCUGACAAGAGUCCGUGGCUUCCCCUCGGCAAGAUGGCCGUGACGCGAGUGGUCGGCGAGGACGGCCACGAGAAUCUGACCAACUACGGCCCUCAGUGCACAGUAUAGUGCAAAUCAAGGAAUAGUUCAUUGUGUCAUAAAAAAAAGGAAGCGAUGAA